AUGCCUGCGGAGGACAACGGUGUUGACAUGGAUUCUCGAAGGGUGGCAGUGACGACUCGGGUGAUAGUUGCUCAGGAUCAGCGACAUCGGCAUCCCUGGAAUUCAUUAUUUGCAGCUCGGCGUGCUCGAACGGCCAUUGAUGGUUCUGGCGGACUGGAGUGGAUCAACAAUCAUGUGCAUGGUCUGGUCCAUCUCUUGCGCACUUUGCAGCGUCGUCUUGCUCCAACGGGCGAAAAGAAGAUUUACCUCCUGAAAGGCCCGCAAUGGGUGAGAGGUGUGCGAAAGACGAAGGACAGUUCAAGUUCGACAGGUUGCGUGUAUCAUGUCCUGUAG